AUGGACCGCGAACGUCCCGUUGAGUAUGGCAGGGCAAAACGUGCACCUCGGGUGUCCUCAGCGUGCCAGCGAUGCCGUCGGCAGAAGCUAAAAUGCGAUCGGGAGCGACCCUGCGCGCUCUGUACUCGGUCUGGGGUAAUCUGCAUCUCCGAAAAUCGUCCCACGCAGAGAAGGCGCAGGGGCGGUAAUCGAAAUGCAGCAAAUAAUGCAGCUCGAACUCCGCGAGAGGUAUCGGUACCUGUAGAUCCUUUGGAUGGCAACGUCGUGACGACACUUGGUAGUGCAAUUAUAACACCGGAGCGCGAUCUGAUCAGCUCCGAGGAGCUGAGUAAUGAUGCUCUUAAAUAUCAAAGCUCUGGAGAUAAUGUCUCCGGCUGGUUUGGUCCUAAUGCUCGAACCUCGUCUGCGGGAAUGACACAGGAGAUCAUUGACCAGUUUAGCCCAAAGACGAUACUGGCUAGCUCAACCUCUGCAUUGCCAGGAGGCUCAAGAUCAGAUGAUGUGCUUGGUAACCACGCCGAGAAGUCGAGGUUGAUCGAGACGUUUGAUUUUGAAUUCCCUCUCAGACCUGUUGCGGACUUCCUCUUGGAAACGUAUCUUGGAGCCGUCCACUGGUUUAUGAUGGUGUUUCAUGAGCCCACAUUCCGAAACCAAUAUGAGAGUAUCUUGGAUGAUCACUCAUCUCCCAAAUCAAACUCCAAGCUACUUUUGAUCAUCCUCGUACUCUCACUGGGAGCACAUUAUACCACAGAUGACCGAGUGAAAGCCCACAGUCCAACAUUUGAUUUGGAAAAAUUUCGCGAAAAAUCACUAGCGAAGGUUAAAGAGCGUUUAUGGGACUUGCUUGACGAUUCAGAUGUCGAGUCUGUGCAGGUUUGUGUCUUGCUUGGCUCAUUCUAUUUGUAUCACGGUCGCCCAAACCUAGCAUAUGUGGUCCUUGGGGCCGGUAUCCGAUGCAGUCAAAUUAUGGGCUUGGAUAAAGAGUCAUCGUGGCGAAGGGUGUCAGAGAUGGAAAAAGAGGAACGGCGAAGAACGUUUUGGGCGCUAUUUGUGUUUGAUAGAUUUGCUUCGAUUGUUUACGGGAAGCCCUGCUCUAUUCAAAGAGAAGGAAUUGACGUGAAGAUGCCCCAAAACCUCGGAGACACCACGAUACAGCAUCCACAUUUUCACAGUGUGGCUUCUAUGCCCGACGGCACAACGGAAUCUGUCACAAGCUUUACCUACGUCAAGUUCAAAAUUCAGCUUUACCAACUUGCGUCCCCCAUUGUUGCUGAUGUUUACUUCCACCGUAACUCAGAUCCUAGUAUUCUUGCAGCAAGGGUGAUGAAAAUUGAUCGCCAAUUACGGACCUGGUUCACGAGUUUGCCUCCGGAACUGAAGCUGCAGGAGCUGUGCCGCCAAGGUAUGAAAGAGACUCCACAAAAUGCUCGGAUAUUUAUGCUGCAAGCCCUUGCUUUGCAGCUUGCAUACGAUAAUGUGAAGAUACUCCUCCACCGACCGUCACUAUCGCAGAACAUUCUCAAUAUGACCCCUGGGCCUGCUGAGGAAAAUUCCCCACAAAACAGAGACGGACAGUCCUUCACUUACACCCGCGAAGCCCAAGGUGCGCUUCUUACAAGCAGAGAUAAUUGCUGGGAAUCUGCGAUCCAAUCAUCCAGAUUAGGGAUAUACGGGCAAUGUCUUGAAUACGCACGCGAAACCCACGCAGCAGCAUUUUUGGGUAUAAAUUUAUUCACUGCGAGCAUGGUCCUUUGCGUGUUUGCAUUGUCAAAUCCGAUAUCUACCCAGGCACAGCUUGCUAAGCAGGCUGUGACCCGAGUCAUGUCUCUGUCUCGAUUUCUUGCCAACCGAUCUAUUCUAUCCGGUCAGACUAACUUAGUUCUUCGAGACUUGGUGAACCUGAUUCUUGAAAAGGAAAGAAAAGUUAUGCUUUUCGCCGAUAAGGAGCCUCUCACUUCACGGCCCAACUAUAACCAGAUGGGAGUCGCCAGCAAGGAAACAAUCCCCAUGAAUACAUUAUCGCCUAUGCCAUCUGAGGCUUUUGAAGAACCACAAGAGUAUAGGUCGCUGUCUCAGUCUCCAUUUGAGGAUCCUAAUGCACCAUUUUCUGCCUCUCUACUUGCAAAUGUCACGGGCCAGAUUCAUGACAUUCCGGACUUCGCAAAUUUGGAUUUUGAUGACGGCAUCGCCACUCUCCAAGAAGGUAUGUUGAUUUGCUUGAGUAAUAUCCUCGAACUGUAG